CUCGGACACCUCGGGAGGCCCUUUCCUAGACCUCCCUAGGAUGAGAUGUCGAAAAUGUGUGGGUGCCUGCAGAGAUAAGCGACUGCGCAGUGAGCCGCAGGAACAGCGCGGGGCUGUGGGGCAGGGGAGGAGCGAGGCUGGGAGCUUGCCUGAUGUCUGUGCUUCCAGCCACCCCUGCGUCGUCCUAACUGUCGGCAAUGCCUGCCCACCACCCAGAGAUGGCUCCUUGGCAAGGUGGGGAGGGCCAGUGUCAGAGGUGUCGCAGGGGGAGGUACCCGUGGAAGGGUGCCUGCAUCCCUGGGGAAGCCACCUCCCAGCUUGGCAGUGGGUGCGGCAGAGGCCUGCGUGACCUUGCUGCCGACAUUCCUCAGAGGCCACGUGGCCCCAACUGGCAGGGACAGCUGCAGACAGGAGCCGAACCAGCUUUGUUCCCAGGGUGGCGCCCGUUCUCCAUCCAGGCCCUGCUCCGGCUCCUACUCCUCCGAGGCUUUCCUUCCUGGGGCUUGGAGGGCGGCCGGUGCAGUGGGUCCUGGGUCAUGAGUGCCUAGAGGCCUGGGACCGCCAGGCUCUCUGUGUGUGGGGCACAGACGGUGGGAGGAUGGGGCAGGACCAGACGAAGCAGCAGAUCGAGAAGGGGCUCCAGCUGUACCAGUCUAACCAGACAGAGAGGGCGCUGCAGGUGUGGAUGAAGGUGCUGGAGAAGAGCCCCGACCUGGUGGGGCGCUUCCGCGUGCUGGGCUGCCUGGUCACGGCCCACUCCGAGAUGGGUCGCUACAAACAGAUGCUGAAGUUUGCAGUGGUGCAGAUCGACACUGCCCGGGAGCUGGAGGACGCCGACUUCCUCCUGGAGAGCUACCUGAACCUGGCCCGCAGCAACGAGAAGCUGUGCGAGUUCCACAAGACCAUCUCCUACUGCAAGACCUGCCUCGGCCUGCCUGGCACCAGGGCAGGUGCCCAGCUCGGAGGCCAGGUCAGCCUGAGCAUGGGCAAUGCCUUCCUGGGCCUCAGCCUCUUCCAGAAGGCCCUGGAGAGCUUCGAGAAGGCCCUGCGCUACGCCCACAACAAUGAUGACGCCAUGCUCGAGUGCCGCGUCUGCUGCAGCCUGGGCAGCUUCUACGCUCAGGUCAAGGAUUACGAGAAAGCCCUGUUCUUCCCCUGCAAGGCCGCAGAGCUCGUCAACGACUACGGCAAAGGCUGGAGCCUCAAGUACCGGGCCAUGAGCCAGUACCACAUGGCUGUGGCGUACCGUCUGCUGGGCCACCUGGGCAGUGCCAUGGCUUGCUGCGAGGAGUCUAUGAAGAUCGCACUGCAGCAUGGCGACCGGCCGCUGCAAGCACUCUGCCUGCUCUGCUUUGCUGACAUCCACCGGAGCCGUGGGGACCUGGAGACGGCCUUCCCCAGGUACGACUCCGCCAUGAGCAUCAUGACGGAGAUUGGAAACCGCCUGGGGCAGGUGCAGGUGCUGCUGGGCGUGGCCAAGUGCUGGGUGGCCAGGAAGGCGCUGGACAAGGCUCUGGACGCCAUCGAGAGGGCCCAAGACCUGGCCGAGGAGGUGGGAAACAAGCUGAGCCAGCUCAAGCUGCACUGUCUGAGCGAGAGCAUCUACCGCAGUAAGGGGCUGCAGCGCGAGCUGCGUGCGCACGUGGUGCGCUUCCACGAGUGCGUGGAGGAGACGGAGCUGUACUGCGGCCUGUGCGGGGAGUCCAUCGGCGAGAAGAACAGCCGGCUCCAGGCCCUGCCCUGCUCCCACAUCUUCCACCUCAGGUGCCUGCAGAACAAUGGGACCCGGAGCUGCCCCAACUGCCGCCGUUCAUCCAUGAAGCCUGGCUUUGUGUGACUUCCAGCACAGCCUGGGCUUGUGCCUCGCCUGCUCCUGCCCCUUCUCUUUCUCCACCAUCUCACUGGAGACCCCCUUACUCCUGGGGCAGCUGCCAGGGCUCCCUGGGCCUGCCGCCACUGCUCCUCUGGGCCUGAAUGCCCUCCUCGCCUCUUUGUACUUUGCUCUUUAUAGAAAAAUAAACCAUUUGU